AUGUCAGCAACUCUCGUAAACGGAGAAUACCAAGUUCCAGUCAGCACAUUCGAGACCAAACAAUAUUUGUGCACCUGCGGAUUGUCUGCAAAGAAACCAUUCUGUGAUGGAGAACAUAACAGACAAAAUACUCCUUUCAAGCCUCUUCAAAUUACUAUCAAUGAUGGAAAUGUUUCCUUCCUUGCCAUCAGAGAAAAGGUUUUAGAACAAGAAGCAGCCAACAAGAAGGCAGUCGAAUCAAAGCAUUAUUGUGGUGUUUUCACUUUUGCUCUUCUCACUGUUUCUAUCAUGGCUAUCAAGCAAGUUUUCAACUAA